AUGGAAACUCAAUGAGCGAGAGCCUCGGCUGUACACACACCGAGGGAGGCUGGAGGGGAAGGAGGGAGGCAGCUGAGCAGGCAGAGCGCAGAGAAGGAGGAAGCGGCGGCGGCGGCGGCGCUCAGAGCUGGCUACGGCCGCCUUUCCCAAUCCUCCGUCAUCCUUCCUUCCCCGGCGCCUUUCCUCCCUGACAGCCCCGGGAGCAGAAGCGGCAGACAGGCUCCUUCCAGGCGGGAGCAACUGAAUCAUGGAGCUUCGAGUGGGGAACAAGUAUCGGCUGGGAAGAAAAAUCGGUAGUGGAUCCUUUGGAGAUAUUUAUUUGGGUGCCAAUAUUGCCACUGGGGAAGAGGUAGCCAUUAAGUUGGAAUGUGUGAAAACGAAGCACCCGCAGCUCCACAUCGAAAGCAAAUUUUACAAGAUGAUGCAGGGAGGAGUGGGCAUCCCUUCCAUUAAGUGGUGUGGAGCAGAGGGCGACUAUAAUGUGAUGGUGAUGGAACUUCUGGGACCCAGCCUGGAGGACCUCUUCAACUUCUGCUCUCGCAAGUUCAGCCUCAAGACUGUUCUGCUCUUGGCAGAUCAGAUGAUCAGCCGUAUCGAAUACAUUCAUUCCAAGAAUUUCAUCCACCGAGAUGUGAAGCCAGAUAACUUUCUUAUGGGGCUCGGCAAGAAGGGCAACCUUGUGUACAUCAUCGACUUCGGCCUGGCCAAGAAGUACCGAGAUGCCCGCACUCACCAACACAUCCCCUAUCGGGAAAACAAAAACCUGACUGGCACAGCCCGCUAUGCCUCUAUAAAUACUCACCUUGGAAUUGAACAAAGUCGCCGUGAUGACUUGGAGAGCUUGGGCUAUGUGCUGAUGUACUUCAACCUUGGCUCACUGCCUUGGCAAGGCCUGAAGGCUGCUACAAAGCGCCAGAAAUAUGAGCGCAUCAGUGAGAAGAAGAUGUCGACGCCCAUCGAGGUGCUCUGCAAAGGCUACCCUUCUGAGUUCUCAACAUACCUCAACUUCUGCCGUUCGCUGCGGUUCGAUGACAAACCAGAUUACUCUUACUUGAGGCAGCUGUUCCGCAACCUCUUCCACCGCCAGGGUUUCUCCUAUGACUAUGUGUUCGACUGGAACAUGCUCAAGUUUGGAGCAGCCCGGAAUCCUGAGGACAUGGAUCGGGAGAGGCGAGAACACGAGCGAGAGGAGCGGAUGGGGCAGCUCCGGGGUUCAGCUACGCGGGCACUGCCCCCUGGACCUCCUGCCGGAGCCACAGCUAACCGCCUCCGCAAUGUCGCUGAGCCCAUGGCCUCCACACCCACCUCCCGCAUCCAGCAAUCUGGAAACACGUCCCCCAGGGCAAUUUCACGGGUGGACAGGGAGCGGAAGGUCAGCAUGAGGUUACACCGAGGAGCCCCUGCAAACAUCUCCUCGUCUGACCUCACAGGGCGGCAAGAGGUGUCACGGAUUUCAGCGUCACAGACAAGUGUGCCAUUUGAUCACCUGGGGAAGUGAAGAGAGGAUUCCACCGGACCAGUGUUUGCUUAGUGUCUUCACUGUAUUUUUCUUUUAAAAAACAAAAUAACAAAAACAAAUUUAAAAAAAGAAAAAAAGAAAAAAACCCCAAUUUUCCCCCCCUGCCAGCAACAAGGAGAGGAACUGCCCUAUGCUGGCGUCCAUGUCUUUUCUGAGAUCGUUGCCUGCGUUCCCGAGCCCAACUUGCCUUGGACAAAGUCACAGACGCAGGAGGAGCCUUGCCGAAACACCUCUGCUGCUGUCGCGCAGUUUCAUCUCCGUAGGCCUUGCCCCAUUUCACGCCAGCAGGCUGUGGCCAGCCACCCCCAGCUUCUCGCUCCCUUUUUUUUUUUAUCUGUUUGUAUCAUUGGAAAAAGGAAAAAAAAACACACAACACAAAAAAUCAAACCCCCGACUUCCAUAUUUUUUAAAAGUUCGGUUUGUGUAAGAUGAAAUUUGUUUCCAGCAUAAUUUUAAAUUCCGUUGGGAUUGGGGGGGGGGUUUGGGGAGGGGAGGGUCGGGGGCGGAGGAGGAGGAGGCAGAGGAGGAUGUUUGCAGCAGACUUUUACAAUUCCAGGCCAGAGUGGUGUCAAAAGCUGGCUUUAACAUUCAUUUUAAAUGUGAACUGCAGUUUCUAGCAGGUUCUGCCUUUGUGGGUGGCAGGGGCCGGGGUGGAGCAAUGGUGGAAGAAGCAUUCAGGCAUUCUUUCCCUAGGGGACACCACUGCCCCUCUGUGCAUUCGCGGGCAUGUUGGGAGAUGCCGCGGGCAGACCAACAAGGCGAACAGUACUGGCACAGCGGCAGUUGCGUGCGAAGGGUGUGCAUAUGGGGUGGAGGCAUGUGCUGCGCAAGGCAGGAGCAAAUGUGAAGGACGUGGAACUGUUGCCUGCCUCAUAUGCAGGCAGUGGGGGGUGGGUGGGCGUCUCUUCCUUUUUAAAAAAAAUUUGAAGCAAAACUGUUUGCGUGUGUUUAGUUUAUAUUUUUUAAUUAUUAUUUUGUACUUCCUCAGGAGCCGGGGAGGGUGUUGAGGACAAAGGGGAGAGGUAUGUGAAAAUAACAGUGGGGGGAGAGUCCCUGCUUUUUACUUCAGGGGGUUGGGCCUUGUGUACCACCAGUUUCCCAAAGGACCACCCCAGCUCAGACGCACAACCUCUCUUCACGAAAAGGUGUCUCCCACCCUCUGUAUUCACCCCCCAUUACUAUUUUAAUUUUUUUUAAAUAAAGACUUGAGGCUUUCCUUAAGAAAACUGAUCCAUCCUGGGAUGUGCAUCGCCGCACUCGUUACCAUGCCCUGCAGCCUCUUGCUUGGCACACUUUCUUAAUUUUAUUUUUUACUUUGGACAGUGUGGAACCAUUGGAAGUGGGGGUGGGGCUUGGCAUAUUUGGUUCUUUUUAUCCUUUCUAUUUAACACACAGCUCUUUUUAUUUCUCCCCCCUAAUUUAUUUACCCUGCUUACUGUGUCUUUCUUCCUUUCUCUCUCUCUCUCUCUCCUUUUUUUAAUUAAAGUAAAAAAAACAAAACUUUUUAUUACUUUUAAAAAAAACAAAAACAAAAAACCUUGAAGAACUUUGGGGGGGAUUUUGUACUUUUUUCCUGUGUAAAUAUUGGACUUUUUUGAGCUUUAUCGUGGUUGUUAAUUUGAAGUAAUAAAGUAGAAAAUGAUAAAGUGA